AUGACGACGCUGGCGAUGCGGCGCCGUGCGGUGUGCGCCCUGGCGCUCCUCGCGCUGCUCUGCGGCUGCACCUCCGUCUGCGGGGCGAAUGCUGCGGAGGCGGCCCCGAAGUGUAAUGUGUCGGUGCCGGUGGAUGUGUCGUGUCAGCGUACUGGAGGGAAUUUAAGUUUCCGAGUUCGUGGGAAUGAGACGUGGGUGGCUUGUGCGUUGGACGAUGAGGCUCGCACUGCGCUGAGCAACACAAGUGCCGCUUGCGCUGCGUGGGAGAAGGAGGGGCACACCGUCGCCGGCGCUGAGGUGAACUUCUGUGACGCCGGCGGGGACCUCACGGAGAACAUUUGCAUCGCGGCCGAGUUUCUCUACGCUUCCCACCAGUGCGGUGCCCGCUGUGCUGAACACGCGGCAACGGACCCUGUGGCGUUCACGAUGACAAUUAUGGACCGUGAGGAAGGUGAGUUGCAUAAGUGGCAGGGGGCACAGGCUGAAGGAGCUACGCUGCAAAAUCAAGGGAGCCGCGUUGGCGGCGCGCGCGAGACGGGCGUCUGUCCGUUAACAGCAGCCCCUGCGGCGGCCGAAGAGGAGGGCACGGGUGCGCUUACGGGCACUGCGGGGCCGCUGCUUCGCCACAGCCCCGAACCGGCGCGCAGCCGCAACGGGAGGCAGCGGGCCCCGGCACCGUCACUGAGACCGGCGCGCCCGAGGUUGACUCUGCGGUCACCAGUGGCCCUGCCGCUCCCGCUGGGAGUCGGGCGGGGGCAACUCCACAAGUUCCCUCCGCAGGUGGCGGUGGGGCUGCUGGCGAUCAGACCGGAGAGCUGA